AGGAACUUCUUCAUUCAACAGGGUUCUUCCAGGAUAGUGAAAAUGGCUGAUUAUCAAGUGACCGUGUCCACUUCCUAUCUGGAUGAUGCUGGCACUUGUGACCAUGUCUUCAUUAAGCUGGUGGGAAAGGAUGGUGAGAGCGAACGCACGAGGCUCAUGGACUCCAAGGGAGAGUCAUCCUUCACCAGAGGAGCAGUGUCUACUUUUACCGUGUCCUGCCCUGUCUCCAUUGGAAAGCUGGUCCGGAUAGAGCUUGAAAAACAGCCUUCCCAAAAUCCGGACAAGUGGUUUCCAACCAAGGUGGAAGUGAAAUCCCCCGAGGGAGACACCUUCAAGUUGGUCAUCUGCCAAUGGAUCACUGACAGUGAGGUGCACCGCUUUGGAGAGGGAGAAGAGCCAGGCAAGCAGCCCUUCCAAAAACUGGACACGGGGAUCCCUCCCCCUGAGGAAGGUACCUCCAACUUUCCCAGUGAUCGCCUGAAAACUGACAGCAAAGUGCCUCGCUUUAUUGAGGGAACAGAGCCAGGCAAGCGGCCCUUCGAAAAACUGGACACGGGGAUCCCUCCCCCUGAGGAAGGCACCUCCAACUUUCCCAGUGAUCACCUGAAAACUGACAGCAAAGUGCCUCGCUUCAGAGAGGGAACAGAGCCAGGCAAGCGGCCCUUCGAAAAACUGGACACGGGGAUCCCUCCCCCUGAGGGAGGCACCUCCAACUUUCCCAGUGAUCGCCGGCAAACUGACAGAAAAGUGCCUCGCUUCGGAGAGGGAACAGAUCCAGACAAACAGCCCAUCCGAAAGCCAAACAUUGGGUUCUCUUCCCCUGCAGGAGACACCUACAACUUUUACAUCUAUUGCCGCAACACUGACAGUGAGGUGUCCCGUUUCAGAGAGGGAACAGCAGGAGACACCUACAACUUUUACAUCUAUUGCGGCAACACUGACAGUGAGGUGCCUUGCUUCAGAGAGGGAACAGACAAAAUGGUUUUUCAACAAAAAAGUGUGGCAUUUGAGGAGACUCGCAUGGCUAUACCUGGAGUACGCUCUCAGACUUUGUCUUUGUCCAACUGGCUCUGGGGCCCGCCGGACCGGAAUCAGCGAGAGAAAGACUAUCGCUGGCAUGAGCAUGCAGAGGGAAUACCCCACUGCAUGAAGGCAGAAGACCUCUCUGAUCUGCCUUCUGAGGUCCAGUUCUCCUUCACCAAGGAUGCAGAGUUUAAGCUCACUGCAGCUUUUGGGCUAGUUGAGCUGAAAGUGAAGGGACUGGCUGAUUCCAGGAAGAACUGGCAUGAUAUUGAUGCCAUCAAGGGGGUGUUCUGGUGCAAAAACACUGACAUAUCAGACUAUGUCCAGGAACACUGGAAGGAGGACGCUUUUUUUGCCUACCAGUUUCUAAAUGGCGUCAACCCCAUGUUGAUCCGACGCUGUUCAGCUCUGCCUGAUAACUUUCCUGUCACUGACGACAUGGUCUUCCCCAGUGGUCAGUUCAGCUUGGAAAAUGAAAUGGAGGAAGGCAACAUAUUCCUGUGUGACUACAAGCGUUUGGAGGGAGUGAAAGCAAACAUCAUCCAUGACAAACAGCAGUACUUGAUGGCUCCCCUCGUCCUGCUCCACAAAACACCUGAUGAUAAGCUGAUGCCAGUUGCUAUUCAGCUGAAGCAGACUCCAGCAGAAGACAACCCCAUCUUCCUUCCUACUGAUUCUGAGUACGACUGGUUGACGGCCAAGAUUUUUGUGAGAAGUGCAGAUUUCAACGAGCAUCAAAUCAACUCUCACCUGCUGCGCACUCAUCUGCUGGCUGAAGUGUUUGCAGUGUCACUGCUGCGCAACAUGGACAGGACACAUCCACUGUACAAGGUCCUCGCACCUCACACCCGCUACACCCUGCAUAUCAACUUCUUGGCGAGAGAUCAUUUGAUAUCCGAAACUGGAGUUUUCACAACGUUUGCAGCCUCUGGUGGAGAGGGUAUGGUGACACUGAUGCAGAAAUCACUGUCCUCAGUGACCUACAGCUCCCUCUGCAUACCAGAGGACAUCACUGAGCGUGGGCUGGAGGACGUGCCGAACUUCUACUACAGGGAUGAUGGACUCAAGCUUUGGGAUAUCAUCCACAGGUAUGUGCAGGGAGUGCUCAGCUUCUACUACAAGAAUAAUGAUGCGGUCAAGGAAGACGACGACCUGCAGAAGUGGAUUGGGGACAUUUUUGAACAUGGAUUCCUUUCCCAAGAAGGCACAGGAAUUCCACAGAGCUUUACCACCGUGAAAGAGUUGGUCAAGUUUGUCACCAUGGUGAUCUUCACUUGCUCAGCACAACACUCUGCUGUGAACGCUGGACAGUAUGACUAUGGAGGCUGGAUGCCCAACACUCCCAUCUCCCUGCAACUUCCUCCACCAAAAACAAAGGGGACAACAAGCGAGGCCACGAUGCUGCAGACAUUACCUGACAUGGGCACAACGGCUAAUGGAAUGGCCGUCAUGUGGUUACUCAGCAAACCAUCCUCUGACUUUGUCGUUCUUGGCAAGUCUCUGGAGUACCAUCACAGUGAGGAGAUUCCCUCCCACUACAUAAAGGCUUUUCAAGGAGAGCUUCAAACGUUAAGCGCACGCAUCAAAAUCAGAAACAUUGGUCUGGAGGUGCCAUACACAUACCUGGAUCCAGCUGUGAUAGAAAACAGUGUGGCCAUUUGAAUAUCAGAAGGUGUGACCCUCUCAGCUGUUUCAGCCAAAUUCAGCUUCAUAUUAACAAAAAUGAGAGAGGGAAAAUCUGCAUGCUCUGUUUUAACUGGUACUAUGGUGGAAGGAAGCUACUGCAUGUGAUCAUUUUAUAUUGAUCUGUGAUUUUUAUAUAACCUAAUUUAUUUAACUGUGGGGAAAAUCUGGUUUAAAUCAUAAUCUACAUCUUAAAUCUUCUUAGUAUGUCGGUGAAUAUACAGGGUCUCUUAUCAAACUCAGCUACUGUAGGGAAAAAUAUUAUUUUGCAUUAAGAUUGUAACACUUUAGAAGUAAACUGCGCCUUAUGAUUCACUGUCAUAAUAAAGUAUAAAUAAAUGUAGGUACCUAUGUUUUGCUUGAUUUACUGCAUGCUCUGUAUCUGUAUGUUAGAAAAAUAGGCGAGUACUAGAGGACAAAACUUUAAAGUGAACUGUGUCUCUUUCAUCUCGUGUGAAAAACAAGUACUUGUCACUCAGAACAAAGUCUGCUCGGUUUCAUGGAGGACAUGAAGUUCCUGUAACCACAGAAAGAGACAGUGCUUCACUGAUCCUGUGUUCCAUGAGGGAGGUGCUUCUUUCUGUCCUUGUUUUACACUUUUUUUAUUAAAAAAAAAAAAAAAAAAAAAAAACAGAAAAAGAAAAAAAAAUAAAAAGAAACAUUAAAUACAAUAUGUGAAGCUGCUGUACUGAGAAAUUAAACAAAUGUAUCUUCCACAAAUGAUACACACAAAUGUAACAAUUUGCACUGUCUGCAUUAACUUCAUGUGCUAUAGAAGAGUAAACAAACACAUAUCAAUGUAAAAGUAAUUUGGCUGAUUUGUCAUCGGAUGUCACUAAGGUCAACUGUACACUGUGACUAAACUUCCUCAACAAAAUAAAGUACUGGUUAAGUCUA